CUUGGGAGAAACUUCAAUCGAAAGACAAGACAAGUCGAUAUGGCCUGCCUGUGGGGUCAGUGGACAAAGGCGGGUAUACUGGUGGCAAACGAUACGCAGGUGUAUAUGGCACAGCAGCCUGGUUUUAAAUUGGAACCACUGAUGCGGCAAGAUCAAGCUGUAGCACGCGAUAGUUCGUAUAAAGUUCGCUAUGUUCUAGGUGGCUAUGUGCAGGGCGCAAAGCUAGUGGCCCGAAGCGUUGAGUACUUUAACCACUUAAGCCCACAGGAUAUAAGCGUGCAAAUCAAUUAUCCUGAAUCAGGCAUUGGAUCGAACGUUACCUACGUGGAGAUUCUAUGCACGCAGAAUAAUAAUGAGGGUGGAGCUUAUUUGGUAGCAGGUGGAAUUGGUGAGCGUCUUGUGUCUGUCAUAAUAGAGGCCAAGCACACUCAAAACUUUAACUAUCAGGCCAAGUACCAUGGGCUGCCUUAGCAGCAAAUUCACACCAUACUUUUGUUGUUCUUCUUCCUCUUCUAAGCCGACUGUAGUAGCGCUAUUUAUUAAUGAAAUAUAUGUAUCUUUAAUAAUGCUGU